UAUGGGGAAGGGGAGGAAGCGGAAGGCGCGCCGCCUGCCGCCGCGAGGCGCUGUUUACUGGAGGGGAGGGGGGAUGGCGCUGACGUUGAGGCUUGGCUCCGAGAGAGAACAAGGAAGGAGCGCCUCGGCUCCGGCGGGCUGAGCUUUCCGUCUCUCAGCAACCAGGUUUCCGAAUGAGUGGAUCAUGAGGAACAUACUUUAGGGACUUGCCAUAGUAUGGCUGCUUCUCGAUCUACUCGUGUCACAAGAUCAACAGUGGGUUUAAAUGGUUUGGAUGAAAAUUUUUGUGGCCGAACUUUAAGAAAUCGUAGCAUCGCUCAUCCAGAGGAAGUUUCUUCUCUCCCACAAGUAAGAUCAAGAUCACCAAAGAAGAAACCAGAGUCGCUGCAGACACAGAAAGGAAACAACAGUGGGCGAACAAAUGAUGUGAAGCAGCAAAAUUCUAGAGAAUCAUGGGUAAGCCCUAGAAAGAGAGGACUUUCAACUUCAGAAAAGGAUGUUGUUGAGAAACAAACUCUGGAAAGUUGUGAAAAGAAACAAGUGGAAUCUGUCUCACCAGUUUUAAAGAGAAUUAAGCGUUGCCUGCGUUCAGAGACACAAAAUAGUUUGGAUGUGCUGCCCUCUAAAACUGGGAAAGAGCGAUUGGAACGCAAAAGCUCAGUUUCAGAAAAUGUUGUCGUCAGUCCAGGGCCUAAACGAUCUUGUCGAUGUCUUAUAUUGGAUGAUAGUGAUAAAAGGGAAGUUAAAAAGGUGAAUUCUUGUGCAGAACGAUUUAACAGUUCCUCCCUAUCAGAAGAAUUCUCAGGUUACCAGUCUGUCAAUGGGGUUGAUGGGAGAGAUUCAGAUGCUGUGAAGUGUGAUGACUGUCAACCUGAUGGGGGUACUACACAGAAAAGUACUGACACCUGUUCAUCAAAGGAAAAAAGUGUAACAGAAAAUGGAAACACAUUGGCUCAUUCAUCACUUUUUUUCAACAGAAGUAAAGAGGACAGUUUUGUAGACCACAGUGUGCCUUGCACAAAUUCACAAGAGCAGGUAACAUUGGAGGACCACAACAAAUUAAACAACCGUUUGCCUGGGGAAAUUGCUAAUCGGGCACAUGAGUCAGGUACGGGUAUAGGGUCCUUUUCUGAAAUCCAGUCAUCUCUAUUAAGGGAUUCUGAGGAAGAAGUAGAUGUGGUAGGGGAUUGCAGUGCCUCAAAGGAACAAUCUGAAAAUACCAACCACAACCUGGACAGUUGUCAUGACAGUGCAUCAGUCUCAGGUGAGCCUGAACCACCAGUUUUAGACUGUGUUACACCCCAGAUUUCAUCAGCAUCAGAAUCUCAAGAACACAGAUAUACACUAAGAACAUCACCAUGGAGAGUAUGUCCUGCAAAAGGUAGCCCUAUUAAACAUAACUCUCCAUGUAGAGAAAAUGGACAUAUUGAAGAGAACAAUCAUAAUGCCCCUGAAAAGAAUGUAGAAUCAAGUAUUACUGAUAUUAAUAGAUCUACCACAAACACCGAAAUAAUUCCAAAUGAAAAAGAGAGAGGUUGUGAUUCUGGGGACAAUAUAGAUGAAGGCUUAAAUAGACCACCCUCAGAGGCUAGAUUUGUUACUGGAUCGCUACCAUCUGCCAAAGAGAGUGCCAAUCUUCAUGCUGUAGAGGAUGAGGAGGAAGAACCUGAUGUGUAUUUCUUUGAAUCAGAUCAUAUGGCAUUGAAACACAACAAAGAUUAUCAGAGACUGUUACAGACGAUUGCGGUACUCGAGGCUCAGCGUACUCAAGCAGUGCAAGAUCUUGAGAGUUUAGGCAGACACCAGAGAGAAGCACUGAAAGAUCCCAUUGGAUUUGUGGAAAGUCUUCAAAAGAAGGUUGAUGUAGGGCUACCAAAUCCACAGAGAGUUGUCAAGCUGCCAGAAAUAUCGUGGGACCAUUAUACAACAAGUCUUGGAAAUUUUGAAAGAGAAUUCAAAAACCGAAAACGUAACAGCAGACGAGCUAAGCUUAUUUUUGAUAAAGGUUUACCUACAAGACCAAAAAGCCCAUUGGAUCCCAGAAAGGAUGGAGAACCUACUUCUUACUCUGUGUUGCCUUUUAGUGAUUGUCUAGAAGCAUCAGCAAAUAACCGUCCACAGCAGAUGAUAAGAGGGCGACUUUGUGAUGAGACCAAACCUGAAUCUUUUAACCAGCUGUGGACUGUAGAAGAACAGAAAAAACUUGAACUAUUGCUUUUGAAGUAUCCACCGGAAGAAAUAGAAUCACGGCGAUGGCAGAAAAUUGCUGAUGAACUCGGAAACAGAACUGCAAAGCAGGUUGCCAGCAGAGUGCAGAAAUAUUUCAUAAAACUGACUAAAGCUGGUAUUCCUGUUCCAGGCAGAACUCCAAACUUGUAUUUAUACUCCAAAAAGUCCUCAAAUAGGCGGCAACACCCCCUGAAUAAGCAUCUCUUCAAGCCUUCAACUUUCAUGACAUCACAUGAACCUCCUGUAUUUAUGGAUGAAGAUGAUGACAGAUCCAGUUUUCACAGUCACAUGGCCAAUGCAGCAGAGGAGGAACCGUCGGAUGAAGAAAGUAUUCCUGUAGCAUAUCGAGAAUUACCAGAAUAUAAAGAGCUGCUCACACUUAAAAAGCUGAAAAAGCAGAAGUUGCGGCAAAUACAUGCAGAAAGUGGCUUUGUACAGCACAUAGGCUUUAAGUGUGAUAACUGUGGAACUGAUCCCAUUCAAGGCAUUCGAUGGCAUUGUCAAGAUUGUCCUCCAGAAAUGUCUUUGGAUUUCUGUGAUUCUUGUUCUGACUGUCUGCACGAAACAGAAAUCCACAAGGAGAACCACCAUUUGGAGCCUGUGUACAGAGCAGAGAUGUUCUUAGAUAGAGACUAUUGCAUGUCCCAAGGCCCGAGUUAUAAUUAUCUUGAUCCCAACUACUUCCCUGCAAAUAGAUGACAUGGAAAGGCAACUUGCAGCCUGAAGCUUAGUAUCCUCUGAAAAAUCCAAGCGUGGUGACAUGGUCAUUGGUUUGCGCCCACAUUGGAAUGACAUUGACUUUCCCAGGAAUGUCAUCCGCAGCAUGAGAGCUUCCUAGGUGCCCUCAUCACCCUGUCGCUCUCUGACGUACUAUGAUAUGAGAUCACUGGACAGAGGUUGAACAUUCCUAGUGUGCAGGAAGCUUUAUUGGAAAGAUUUCAUUUUCACCAUGUUGGUUAUACUGUUUUUGAGAUGGUGAAUCUAGAGAGGAGUUGCAAAAGUGUGGCCAGAAGUGAAAGCACACAUUAAAGAUAGUUGAUUCCAAAGGCAAAAAGAGCUUGGCUAUUAUGAAAUGUGGAGGCGAUGAAGUACUUACCUUAAAGACAGUUUAGUAGUUGCAGUUUUGUUGUGAAAUAGUUUUCAGUACAGAAACUUGACUUCUUCAGGCAAAGUUUUAACCCAUGACAGUGUUUGCUUCUAGAAUAUACUUUCAAAACAAUCACUGUCCCUGUGAUGGUCACUCAUAGGCCUUGGAGCUGCUUGAUCCGGUUGAUGUUUCUUUACCUUAUUCUUUCUUUUACUCUUUUUUACCACAACAAAUCUUUAUUUACCAACAGUGAAGCACUACAGGAGGCAAUUGUGGCAUUGCUUCCUUAACCAGCUCAUGGUGUGUGAAUAUUAUAAAAUUGUCACGCAGAUAUAUUUUUAAAUGUAAUGUUAUAUAAGAUGACCAUGUGAUGUGUACAAAAAUAUGGUGAAAAGUGCCAGUGGUAGUAACUGUGUAAAGUCUCUAACACCCAACAUUAACUCCUAUAAAGUAAAAUACACAGCCUUCUGCCUCUGUAUUUGGAGUUGUUAUUGCAACUCAUCAAAGAAAACUGCCUAAUAUAAAUCAUAUAUGGUAAUAAUUUUUCCUCUUUUGUAGUAUGCACAAGAUCCAUGAAAGAUUGUAUUUUUAUUACUAUUUAAACAAGUAAUUAAAGUUUGCCUGAGCAGUGAGCAAGGGUUCACAUGCAUUCUUUUAUACUGCUAGAUUUUGUUGUGCAUCAUUUAAAACAUUUUGUAUGUUUCUUCUUAUCUGUGUAUACAGUAUGUUCUUAAAUAAUGUUCAUUUGUCAGGAGAACUGUGAGAAAUAAACUACGUGGAUACAGUCUGUUUAUAUAUAGAAUGCUUACUGUGACUUUUUUCAGAGGAGGUUUGAUGUUUGAAGCAGCGUUAAAAGUUGAGGAGACCAUUUAGCUCCUGUAUGAAAAGGAUAUUUGAUCCUCUUAAGAGGUUUCAGGGUAUUCUAGUAGUCAUUAUCCAGUUGUCUUACUCAGCCUCUUCCAGGAUAAUGCCCCAACAUUAUUAUAUUAACACAGCCACCCAGUUCAGAAUCCUGUGUUCAGUCUUAACUUGUAGAGAGAUCGUGUGUACAUCUACUAUUUUAUUCAAUUUGAUGGAGGAAGCAAAUUUGCCCAGCUAGGAGAAUGCUCACCCAGAAAGCCUUACUCCUUUGAAGUGAAUGGGGCUCCACAUCUGAGUGUCCAGAUCUUUAAGAAACCACUGGAUCAGAGCAGUUACGUUGAGGAUAUCAAGUAAGAUUUUAAUGUAACCUCUUUAUGGCCAAGAUGGCUGUAAAAAAACCCAUUUUUUACAGUCUUUUUCCCAUAAAAAAGAAAGAUAUUUGGUACAUUUUCUUAGUCUAAAAAGAACAAUGAUUGAAAAAGCUUUGUAAUACCUGCUAUAUAUUUUUAGCUGAUAUAUCAUUUUGACAUGUAUAACCUGUGAUUUAAAAAUGCUGAUUAUUUUAAUUGUAAUGGAUUUCCACUUGCUGAAACUGGGGAAAAAACUUGAAUUUUCAUAGUGACUUAGAAUAUGUGUUUAACUUAAAUUUUUGGCAGUAAUUAAAUAACAAAGAAUUGGCUGGUGCAUAUGAUAGCAGCAUUAAUUUCAGUUUAAUCACAGUGUUAAUUUUCACAGUAUUUGUUUAGGUGUAAUCACUUUGUUUAAAGAAGUUUCAGCAUUUUUUUAAUAUAUUGGGUAGAUGAUGCAGUACCGUUUCUAAUUGACUGAGCAGUAUAAUACAUCGUCUGUAAGCAUAUCUCAUUCUUUGAGAAAUCUAAUAAACCAAAAUAUAUAUAAUGCUCAAGAACACACCUGAUGUAUUUCAAUUUUCUCCUUAAUUGAGGAUGAGGGGGAAAAAGUACUCUUGCAAAUAUAAGAGAAUGUUCAUUUUUAUAUUAAUAACUUUUCAGUUCCACUGUGCCUCGGUUUUUUUCUACAUACAUUUAAUAACACUAUGUAACAAUUUGAAAAAAAAAUUCUGUUCCUGGUUUUAAAGUGUUAUUUCCUGUUUGAUUGUGUAGUACUUCCUUUGAAAGUGGUUGUUAUAUUCCAGAAACCUAUGUGGCUGAGGGUAGUACUAUUUCUUUCAGUCUAGGCACUUUGUAAUUUUCCUUAAUGAAAAUAUGCAGUUUUCAACCUUUCAAGAUGCAGACUGCAACAAAUUUUUUUUUGCAGUUUAAUAAAUGUUUUCCAUGUUUUUGUGAGAGAACCAAUUAGGAAAUGACAUUUAUAACCCAGGAACAAAAAUCAUGUUAUAUAGUGUAAUCAUUUUUGUUUCUCAUGUGGGCAGUGUCUCAAUUCCUUGCUGGAAUUAUUGUAGCAUUGAGGGGAGGAACUGGAUUUGUAUGUUUCUAGAUUUGUGCAGGUAGCUCCAUAAACAAGAUAUCCAGUUAGAUGUUGGGCCUACGCUAAUAUUGUCACCUCUCAUUGAUAUUUUAUUGGGACAAAUACAAGGAGCCCAUCCCAUUAUAAGGAAAAUCGUCUAGUUUCACCUCGUAUUGAACAGUUUGCUCUAUUCCUUGCAAAGGAAUCCAGUGCAUGCUUCAAGCCCCCAGGUAUGUGUAUCUUUUAAUUUGUGAAAAUGGGCAGCAGCAUCUACCAUGUACUGUGUGGAUCUCUACAGAAAUUUGGAAACCAGAUUUUAAGUGCUGUGGUACAGAUUGCACAUCUUAUGCUAUCUAGAAGUAACAAACUACACAUAUGUUUACACUGUCCUUGCGUGUUUAUCAUUAGAUUGCGAUAUAUUUUGAUACUGUAUCCAAGCAUUUAGCAGAACAAUUGUCAGCUUUAGAGCAGAGUGCAAACCAAAGUUUUUAAUAAGGAAUUCUUCAGUUAAUACUCUCAGUAUUUUGUAGUGACUUGUUUUUUAAGAUGCCUGGAUGAACCCAUAGAUGUUCCUGAUCUGUUUAUGAGGCCGUUAUGUUUCAGAAGUAAAAGUAUAGUCAAUAUCCAAACUGAAAGAACUUGAAACAAUUAGAACUCCAUAGGUCCUCACAGAUCAAAUCUCAUUUUACAGUAGGAAAUGCUAUUUUUAAAAGAAAUAGCAUUCUGCUUUGGCCAGACCCCACCUGUAAUGCUGUGUCCAAUUCUAGGCACCAUAGUUUAAAAGGGAUAUUAACAAGCUGGAAGGUGUCCAGAGGAUGGCAACUAAAACGGUCUGGAGGUCUGGAGACAAUGCCCCUAUGAGGACCUGGGGAUGUUUAGCCUGCAGAAGAGAAGGCUGAGAGAAGACAUGAUCACCAUGUUUAAAUAUUUGAAAGGAUGUCAUAAGGAAUAAUAAUAAUAAUUUUAUUCUUAUACCCUGCCCCAUCUCCACGAGGGGACUCAGGGCGGCUUACAUGGGACCAUGCCCAGGCAACAAACAAUAUACAUCUCCACAAUUAAACAAAUCAUAAACAGAUAAAAUCACAGGAAGAGAGAGCAGGUUCGUUUUCUGCUGCCCUGGAGACUAGAACUCGGAGGAAUGGGUUCAAAUUACAGCAAGGGAGAUUCUAAUUGAACAUUAUGAACUUCCUGGUUGUACAAGUGUGGUGAAAGCUCCUUCCUUGGAGGCUUUUAAACAGAGGCUGGAUGGAAAUCUGUCAGGCGUACUUUGAAUGUGCUUUUCCUGCAUGCAGGGGAUUGGACUAGUUAGCCCAUGUGGUCUCUUUCAACUCUUAUUACUCUAUGAAACUCCAUGUAAGACAAAUAUCCUGGUGAGGAUGUCACAUUUUAAAAAUCUUAUUGUUUAAAUUAUUUUAUUAGGCUUGAGACCAAAGCUGUGGAGAAAAAAAGACUCUUCAUGUCUGUUAUACAUUUUAUUUGUAUUACAUUUUCAUUACAAGAAAAAUAACUUGAAAAAUACAAAUCUGCUUGAAGUACUCAUUAAUGAUGCAACUGACAGAAGGAUCAAUCAUGCAAGCAGAAAUAGUGGAUGAUCCAGAAGAAAUGCAGCUCCUUCCUAUGGAUACAAUAUUCUUUAAACCUGCUAAUCAUCAUCAUACAGAAAAUCCCAAGUCUUUUAAUUGAUGUGUGAAAUCUGUACUGUCAUUUUGUACAAAGUGAGAAUAUUGACAAGUAACAAGCUGUGUGAGUGAUAGCUCCAUACACUUUAUCCUAGCAUAACUUUAUCCUAACUUACAUUCAAAUAAUGUAAGUUAAUUUAGAAUUAAAAAUUGAAAUUUACAAUUGCCCUGUUUAUGUUGGAUAUAUAAUAACCAUAUAAAUGGAGGGUCGCCUCCUGCCCUUCCGAGUGCUCAUUUCUUAGUUUCUCACCAUACAUAAUUUUACUAUCAUAAUAAAUACUGUUAUAAUUAACUUAAGUGUUUAUACAUCUUAAGUAUACCAGCAAUAUUUGGCACUGGAUAUUUUUAGCAGACAGUAUUAAUAUAUUUUAAUUGCAGAUGUUUUAAAAAUCAUCCUUUGCAUUAGUACAGAAACCAUUAGAACACACCUUGUCAAAAAACUGAUCCCAUAAACACAUUAGUUAACUAGUUCACAUUUAACUUUAUUUUAUAAAGUAUUUACACUACAUUUUCUGAGCAUUUUCAAAUUUCCACUAUAAUCAGCUGCAAUUCCAGUGCUGGUAUGUUACACCAAUAAGAUGGCAAAAACCCAUAAUUUUAAAACACUAAAGAAAGAACAAGCUUUAGUAACCUUAAAACCGAACUCUUUACGAAACAAGUAAAUACAUUGUUAUGUCAGUUCUCUUGACCAGGAUCUCAAUGCUUGACAGUAUAAUAUAUCAAGUAAUAGUUUAGUGCAAGGCAUGAUUUAUAUAAAUCGGAGCUGCUGUUUAUCAUGCUGCAUCUUAACCCGUGAAGUGCAAACGGUAUGAUAGACAAUCUACAGUACAAGUGUGCCAUUACUGUACCGUACAAGUUAUGGAGAUUUUUGCAAUGUUUACAACAUGCACUGAUCUUUCAAGGCAGCAGCUAUUGCUUCAAAUAGCAGGACCACUGGGAGUGCACAUCUCGGGGUGAGGAUUACAAUUACACAGUGUCCACUGAAAGGGGGGGUGCCAAUCCUUCUUUUUUCAGAAAAGCAUCAAUUGAAGUACAUACUUCAAGAAAAACUUCUUCUGGUGUUCCUUCUGCAUUUAUCUGUUUUAAGGAAAGAGAUGUUGUAUCACUAGCAACAUUAAUAGGGAAACCUUAUAAUCCAGCAAUCCCUUCUUCACUGUAAACCCAAGUGCCUACAGCAGCACUCUAGCCAAUGGCCAUACCAAGUGAAAAUUCGUUUUGGACUAUUGGAGCGUACCAAGUUGGGGAAAACAUUGACAUACAGGACUCAAGUCCAAACAGCCACUGAACAUUCAUUAGGAACCCCUCAAAGUUUACAAAAGGGAUAAAACAGUACAAUUAAGACUAAACAUACUCAGUAGUAAUUGGAUGUAUUGACAAAAAACAAAAAUUGGAGGAAUGGGGCACCAAGAAUAGAAUGAAGCAUUCUUUUUACAAAGACAAUACAAUUCAUGUUUUCUUGUAGGCCACAGAGUAGACGAACUUUAGGUAAAGUGAAUUUGAUUUGAGUAGUCUAAACUGGCAAGAAACUGAAGACACCAUUAAUGAAUCAAUCUUUUGAGUGUAGAACAUCAUAGUUGUUAAUGUUAAAUUCUGUUAUAUGACUAUAUGUCUGAUGUAUUUAUACAUGGUUAAUGUUUUAAUUUGUUGUAUGUUUCUUGUUGUAUUGGAAACCGCUCUGAGUCCCUCGAGAUAGGGCAGUAUAUAAAUAAAGAUUAUUAUUAUUAUUA